AUGGCGGCGCUCGCUGCCCCCCGCGCGUUCGCGACGCCCUCGCGCGUCGCGUCGAGAAGCGCCGCUCCCUCGCGUCGGACGCGAUCCACGCGCGCGCGCGCCAAGGCGGAGAACGUCUCCCCCGACGAUCCGAAGUUCCUGGGCCGCAAGGGAACGCGCCGAGACGAGAUAACGGACGAAGACGCGGACACGACCGUCGCGCGCGUCGCGGUCAAGCUCGACGGCGCGUUCGGUAAGCCCUCCGCGGCGAAGGAGACGUGGGAGCCGUUCCAACGCGCCGCGCGCGCGGGCUUGAUGGACGCGUACGUCGCCGGCGGCGCGAGCGCGGCGGCGGGAUCGAAGCGCGGCGACGCCUCCGCCGAAGAAGACGCCGAAGAAGCCGAAGCGGACGUCGUGCACACGUCGCUGUGCAUCGCGAUGGAGGACGACGCGUUCAAAUCGAGGACCGCGGUGCCGCUGCCCAUCGACGCGUACGUCAAGCGCGUGGAUAAGCUCGUGAACGAGUUCAUGCAGCGCGACUACGAGUCGCUCGUCGCCGCGGGGACGACGACGACGCGCGACGUGAUCGACGCGCUCGAGGACUAUCUCUACGUGCAAAAUCAAUACCGCGCGCCGAAAGGCUGGAGGGAGAUGUACUCGCCGUACCGCACGUACUUCCACAACGUCGUCGCGCAGAAGAUCGGCAUCCCCGCGACGCUCGCGGCGAUAUACAUCGGCUGCGUCGAGCGUCUCGCCGAGAGAGGCGUCUUGACGGAGGGCGUAGACGUGUGCGUUCGACCCAAAGGCGCGCGGGACUCCGCGGCGGGGGUCACGGCGCCGUCGCCGCCGUGGGGGGUGAUUCGCGAGAGCGAGGAGCGGCCGUCGAACGCGGUCGUGUGCACGCCGCUGAUGUCCACGAGGCUGCAGCUCAGCGCGCUGAAGCGCGCGUACUGGCCGUGGGAGUGGGACGACGCCAGAGACUCGGGGGUUUUGCUCGCGGUGGAGGCGGCGGCGUACGCGGCCGGGAACCGCAUGAACACCGCCGCCGGCGUGGUCGGCAUCAUCCAACCCACCGGUCGGCCGUUCGGGGACCUCCCGAUGGCGACGCUGGCGACCGAGCGGCUGCUCGCGCUCGACGGCGGCGUGGGGUUCGAGGCCAGGGACCUAGGCGUUUUGUUGUUCCACGACGGAAGGUACGGCGAGGCGUUGGAGCUGCUGGAGGGGUUCGAGGCGUGGAAGAGAGACGGCGGCGCCGACGCGGCGCCGAUCUUCGUCGGCGACGUGGUCAACCUCGGCGGCAGCGACGCGGUGCUCGCCGCGGAGCUGCAAGUGCGAGAGGACGAGGCGUUGGAUCGGCUGAUGUUGAUCUUGCGGAAGAGAGUGUUGGAAGAGACGAUCGCGUUGGACGACGACGAAAAGAGGUCGGGGACGGUGUGA